AUGAAGAAACAAGGUUGCCAAUAUGGUAUAGUCCCAUUGAACUCAAGAUUAGGCCCAUGCAUCUUCGCCAACAAGUUGUACGACUCGCCCCCAACGGCGGCGGGGCUCUUGAUCAGAGUCCCCGGGAAGCCCACUAUCCACAUCCGGUCCAAGUGCUUCCGCCCCCCAUAUUCGGUCGGUAAAGCCAAGGACAAGGGGACGCACAAGCUCAAGUCCCGCGACGUCGUCGUUUCUAGCUCUAGAUUGACCACUUGGCGGGUCACGGAGGGCGGCCCCGGCUUUAAAUUUUCCGGAUUAUCGGCCACAGGGAUUUUGGAUCACUUGGCCGUCGCCAAUUACAUGGACGAUUGUGAUUACGAUUAUAAUGAUGUGCACGAAUAA